AUGAUAAAAGUAUGCAGGGUGUGCCUGGCGACGGAUACCAAGCUGUACCACAUCAUGGAGUACAAACUAGACAGCGCGUACCAGCAGGUUACUGGGUUGAGGCUGAGUGGAGAAGACAAAUUACCACAGAAGAUAUGCUGGGAGUGCGCCCACAGAUUGCUUUCAAGUUUAAGAUUUAGAAAUAAGGCUUUGACGUGUCACCGACUAAUGCUGGCAUCUUUAGACACGGAGAGAUAUAUCACAAUACGCGACGUCAAGUCAAUAAAUCGAACGACAAACGGUCUGAAGUCGCCGUUGAUACAAAAGUUGUACGACGCGAACGAUUGCGACUUGCACGUGCGCGACAACGAGAUCGUAUUCAAGACCGAGGUUAAUGACCUGAACGGCGUUGACGACGUCACACAAGACAGCCAUGACGUCAAUUACGAUAGUCAUGACGUCGCCGCUGAAGACGAAGUAAAGCAAGAAACGGAGGAUAUACCGCCAAUAAUGGAAGUGGAAGUGAAAGAUGAGAACAACGAAAUCUUCCUACAUGAGUAUAAUGACAAUUUUGACAGCGAUGACGACAAGAAACUGAGCGAGGUGUACGUGAAGCCGAAGAGUAAAGCGAAGAAGAAGAAAUUGAGAGAAGAGAGAAUGGAGAAGAAAGUGAAGCCGGUUAGAGCUGUGAAAAAGAGGGAAGAUGAGGACAAUCCGUCGACUACUAUGGAUAAAUAUAAAAAUUCAGAUGUAAAGAGGCGAAGAACGAACGAUGGUCUGGAUGAAUCUCUGUUUACGAUAACCACACUAACGUACGAGGAGCAGAUCGAGGAGAUAAGCAAGCGACAGGAGACGUCGAUAUACAAGAACGCCCCCUACAAAUGCACGGUCUGCUACCGAGGCUUCCAGAUCAAGGACAGAUAUGAUGCCCAUAUUGUGAGGCACAGCGAGCAAAGCGGUGCAUAUGAAUGCUUUAUAUGCAAGACCAGGCUGAAGACUGGCCGCGCCCUACGUAAACACCUCACGGCUCAGCAUACCGAGAAGUUCAGCUGCAAGGGGUGCCCGUUCGUCACCAGGAAUAGAGGAGUAGCGCGAGAGCACGAGAAAUGGCACGCGGGGACUAAAUACCAAUGUCCGCACUGCCCGUGCGAGUUUGACAAACUAACGACUUACAUGGGCCACAUAAGGAUUAAACACGUGUCGGACUUUGUGUGCGAGCUGUGCGGCUACACGUUUGUGAGCAAGAAGGGCAUCGACGUGCACAAGAAAAAGAAACAUCGGCUGCAUGACAAAACUAUAACAAUCGAAGGCCCGUACUGCGAGGUGUGCGAGGUACGAUUCAUAUCGGAAGAGGCUCAUACGAGGCAUCUGAAGCUCUCUUCGAGGCACAGCAGCGACAACGACCCAAAUCGAAUUCGAAACGACUCUCAGAGUAUGAACUCCGAGCGGGCUGGUAGAACAGUGCGGCGCAUCGAGAGGAGACCGGUAGUACAUCCGCGGUCUUUAGCGGACCGAGACCAGCGGCCGGAGACCGGGCCUGUUGCCUGCGAGCAGUGCGGCGUGCAACUGCGCGACCUGCGGCUGUACGCGCAGCACUUCCGGCGCGCGCACCCGGAUAAGAACCGGACCAAGUACCCGGCCAUGAAGACGCCCUGCAUGUGCGAGCAGUGCGGCAGGAUCUUCCAGAGUAUGGCGUUGCUGAAAGACCACAUGUGGGUGCACACGGGGGAGAAGCGGUUCAAGUGCGAGCGCUGCGACAAGAGCUUCACGCAGAAGACGAACCUGGUGUUCCACAUGCGGGUGCACAGCGCCGCGCGGCCCACCUACGAGUGUCCGCUCUGCGGGAAGCACUUCGCCUUCUUCAACAACCGCCGCCGCCAUAUGUUCGUGAAUCCACACGGGACUGAAGCCGUUCAAGUGCGAGACGUGCGGCAAGUGCUUUACUACGGCGGGCGAGCAGCGUGCGCAUGUCGAGCACGUGCACCUCAAGAAGCCCUGGCCCAAGCGCGCGCGCGCCCGCCGCGACCAGCUCGACUGGCGCACGCACGCGCUCGAGGAUUGACGCCACCACCCACCACCUGCUUAGAACGUUCCAGACUAAUACUGUGA